CGGUUCUUCCCCACACCUAACAAAAAACCGAACCCCAAAAUCAACCAAAAAAAACCCUAAUUCAUCCCAAAUUCAACCUAAAUUCACCCCAAAUUCAACGAAAUUUCAUAUCCUCAAACCCAAAUUCUCCUUCCCUCCUAUCUCUUUCCUAAAACAGUUCCCCAAAACUGGUAAUUCUCCUAUCUUUCUAUCCCAUCCAGACCCUUUCUAGAUUUCCAUCAGGCGAUCACAAAAAUCUCCCUGGAAUUCUAGAAAAUUUCAGCCUUUAAAUGCAAAUCCGAGGCCCUGAUCGUACCCAUCGUCACAGCUUUCGCAUCCGAAGGUUUUCUGAUCUCUGAUCUUCACCUCAAUUUGGGAAAAUUCAUCAUCAGUCAUCAGUUGAUUCUUCGAAAUUGGAACCAUGUCCUUUCCCGGGCCCCGCCGUGAUUUCAGAUCUUCGUUCCGUAGGAACGAUCGCCACGGUUUUUCUGGGAAUUCACGGGACUGCCAUCACGCUGCCGGUGCUGGAGUGGCACCUUCUCUGAAGAGGAAAAGAUCGUUGGGUUGUGCGAGCUAUCAGCAGCUGGACACAAUUACCAGUGUCCCGUCAACGAGCCAUUGUUUGUAUCCUGUUCCGAUGAGGCCUGAUCUGUUGCCGAGGUACGAAUGCGAGGAGCCGAGAAUAGAGGGUGAUGUGUCCUUUAUGUCAAGGGAUGAAAUCGAGCGGUUGUCGCCUUCGAGGAAGGAUGGCAUAGAUUCGCUCCGGGAAACGCACCUGCGGUACUCGUACUGUGCCUUCCUUCAGAAUCUUGGAAUGCGGCUCGAAUUGCCACAAACUACAAUUGGAACUGCAAUGGUUCUUUGCCACCGCUUUUUUGUUCGUCGAUCUCAUGCCUGUCAUGAUAGAUUUUUGAUCGCAACGGCAGCUCUGUUCCUUGCAGCGAAGUCUGAGGAGACACCAUGCCCUUUGAACACUGUACUCAAAGCAUCCCAUGAAAUCUGCCAUAAACAGGAUCUUGCUUUCUUUCCCUAUUUGCUCCCUGCUAACUGGUUUGAACAAUAUCGAGAACGUGUCAUUGAAGCUGAGCAAAUGAUAUUAACAACUCUGAAUUUCGAACUUAAUGUGCAACAUCCAUAUAUUCCUCUUACAUCUGUCCUCAGUAAAUUGGGACUUUCACAAUCUGCUUUGGUGAAUUUAGCGUGGAACUUAGUCAAUGAAGGGGUGUUCAGGAGAAAUAGUGUGCUCACCUGUAUGAUACCAUUAGCUGGCGGAUUGAUAAGCUGUUCAUUGAAAGUUUUGUUUGCUGAAGUUGAAUGAUUAAUAUUUUAGGGAUUACCUUUACCACCUAAAUCCCAAACCAACUUCUUCACUGGUUAUUGGAGAUAGCCGCUGGAUCUUUCAGAACCCAACUUGGUUUUUUGUUACUUCUAUCCCUUCUUCUUCUUCUUCUUCUUCUUCUUUCUUCUUUUUUGUUUUUUAACUCUGAAAAUUAUUUUCCAAAGUUUUCUUUUCAUUUUUUUUUUCCAGUACUUGUUUUUCAGCAAAGUUCUUUUACAACAAGCUUUUGGCAUCCUGGUUGUACUUUAGCUGAUGCAGUUUUUUGUUUAUCUUCUCUUUUUUCUUGCUCGUCCAAUUUUCCUCUGGAUCCUCUCAAAGUACCUGUAUAUCAGAUCAUUUCCAUCUGUAAAAUGUUUGUCCUUAAAUUUCCUUCAGUCCAUUAUCUUGGUUUACUGUAUAUUCGGCAGAGGUCCACAUAAACGCCACUUCUACUAUUCUAGUGCAUCUAGGUAAAACUCCUUGCAGUGGUUGUGGAUCUACGCACGAAAAAAAAAAUCAACACAAAUAUGAGAAGAAAAUACCUUAAACUGAUGCUGGAAAGCAUUAGAGCUUCAAGCGUAGAAACAACACCACAUUUGGCUUUGAGAGAGAAUUAUCAGAGUAUGGAAAGAAAAUCAAUUUUUACAUGGUAUAUAUUUCCUAGACGAAAGAAACCCUAAUUUGAACAUGGCCAUUUAACUCUAAUUCUAACCACCUAUUGUAAUAAAAAUAAUAGUAUUUGCAAAAAUACCCCUUAAUCCCGUGAUGCCUUAUAUCCGAGCCAUAACUUUCUUGAUAGCCACACAUGGCGUGUCUUUCUUGAACUUGGGCCAUGAAAUGGGAUUUCAAUCUUGAUAGUCACACAAAACAAGUCUUUCAAGAUGCAUGUCCGUAGAACUAAAAACUCACACCACCAUCACCAUGCAUGCGGUCUUUGACCCUUUGACAGGAGUUUUUUGGGAUCGCCUAGUCCAGCCUACAUCAUGGAUCUCAUAGAACUUCCAUACUUUUGGCUUUUGCUGCUUCUCAUGUUUUCCCCAGUCCUAGGUUCCUGUCAAGCCUCUCUGUGUCUUCCUCCUCUCUCAUUCAAAUGGAUAAGAACACGUAUGGGCUCGCUUCGGCCCUUAAAUUCAGUAUUAAGUUUUUAGGCAUCGAGUUGUAAACCUUAAAGUCCUUAGAAUCUGCUAAUCAUAAGUUUAAACUCAUACACAUUGUAAAUCUAGGUGUAAGAAUAUCAGCAUUAGUUUAUUAAUUCAAAAAGUACUUGGGCCUGGCUCAUAUUCUGGCAUUUGCAUGAUUUGUCAGCAAUAAUAAAGUACUUAUGACUGACUGUUUAAGGAAUAGCAGAUAAUUAUUCCUAAUGGCUGCUGUCGUGUCUUUGGGAUGUGGAAACUGUUGAUCACCUGUUCAUGCAUUGCUCCUUCGUCCAGGAGAGUUGGUGAAAUUCUGUCAGAUUAUUUGGGUUGCUUGGAUUAUGCUGUGUUCUAUCAGAGAGUUCUUCUGAAUGUGGCAUUUUGGAAUGAAGGGGGUAAAAAAAGAUAGUGAGAGGAAGAUUUCCCUUUUUGUGGUUGCCAUUUGUCGCCACUUUGUGGAUGGUAUGGCAGGAGUGCAAUAGCAGAUCAUUUAAA